UUAGGUGUGUCUUUUUUAUUUGAUGGCUACUUUAAUUUUUAUCCUCGCACUUUUCACAUACUAUUAUAUUAUAAAGUUAAUUCACUAAAUAAAUAUAAUUAGUGUGGUUAUUGUAGAUUUUGUGGGCUAUCCGCGGUGGCUAGUGGAUAACCGCUAACCACAAAAAUCGUUAUUUUACUACCCACACCCAACCCACUACCCAUAACUUGUGGGUAUGGCUACCCACAAUAGGUGCGGUUUGCGGAUUAUCCACAACCCGCAACCCAAACUUCCACCCCUAAUUCUAGUUGUUGCCUAGAACUCUAGAUAAUAGUAAUGAUUAAUGAAUUAUAAGUGUGUUCCAUUAAAGGAACCGAUCCAAUGAAAACGAAACAAAAACAGGGACUAGGAGCUGGCUGCCAAGAUCCAAAACUGAUGAAAAUGAAAUAACAGUAUCGGGUAUACCAGAAGUAGGCGAUUCCUUUUAUUUUUCAGGCACCGAGCUGCAGUUGGUGACUUUGGAUGCCGGGUCUGCUGGAGACGAUGGAGACCGCUCGGAGACGGAAGGAAGCUAGCUAUCACCACUGACUUGUCUCACACGAUGGAGGUCUACUGACUACUGAGUGUCUUCGGAGACGAAGGAAGCAGCCGCACCCGCAUAUAUGCGGCGACGGUGGAGACUGGUCGCGGGUCUCCCUCGCCUUGCCCUGCUCGUAGUCCUCAAUUAGGGAUUGAAAUGUUAGGUUGGGGAGAAGCCCGACUGAUAGCCCGAUGCGAUACUCCCUUCCACAAUUUUUUUAUUUAUAUUGGAACGCCAAUUUGGCCAUUUCCACCAACGUUUUUGAGCGAUUUUACUAGCAAAACGUUUUUAGGUGGAAACUGAAACGUUUUGGUGAUUUAUAUAUGUGAAAAUGUACGUUUUUACGACUUAAAACGUGAUUUGGACUGCACUGCUAACGAUAUGAUUUAGUUUUCGACUUUGAAUCUAGUCUUUGGUGCUUCUAAAGACAAAACAUCUAAUCCCCACAUUUUAUUUAUUUAUUAACGUAAAGUUGGACUUAUUCACAUCACAUUAUUCACGUAAGAGUGUUAGUUAUUUACGAAUCAAUAUUGUUUAGUCACGCAACCUAUUUUUAUUCACGCAAUUGUUAUCUUUCCAUGAAGUUGUAAAAUCAAAUUUAAACUUUUAAAUAUAUCAAAAUAGAUGUUAUUGUGUAGGAAAAAAGUCUAAUUUUUCAUUUACGACUUACCCUCUUAUGUGAAUAAAUAAAGAUUAAAUGGAUAAAUGAAUACUUAAAAAUAUGUUUUUUUUGUUGUUGUGAGAAGAAUACUUAAAAAUAUGUUAAAUAGAUUGGUUUUAGAUAUUUUGUUUGUAGAGAGCCAGAGACAAAGAGAACUUUUCCUUAAAAUGUAAAACAAAAAACUACAUCAGGAUUUAGGGGCGUUGCUGCUUCUCUCUCUCUCUCUCUCUCAUUCUUCUCAUCCGCUGUUCCUUGUUCUGUCUAUAAGUUUACGACCUCCUUGUUCUGUCUAUAAAUUUAUGACCUCCUUCACCAGCGGAGUGUCUUGUUUCAAUCCGGCUGCUGGUCGAUCAAGUGCCAUGACCAAGACCGAUAAUUUCAGUUGGGGUUCGGAUCUACCGCCAAGCUCACUCUACGUCCCUUCCGAGCCGCGCCCGAUCUGCCCACUGGGAAACCCUCCUCCUCCCCUGAAUCCAUUCACCAAACUGGUAGACGAUCUCCUCAUAGAGAUUCUGAUUCGCCUCCCCAACCCUCUAUCCACCUGUCAAUGCAAAGCCGUCUGCAAGAGGUGGAGAUCCCUCAUCUCGGAUACCACCUUCAAUCUCCGUUUCAUUGCUCAUCACCAGAGAAGGUACCAACCAGCAGCGCUGUUUCUUCCCUCACACGACCCCCGGUCGAUACUCAGCUUUCUCCCGUGCCUAAUGAAGCUCUACCGGCUUUGAGAGCCUUUGAUUGCUUCAAGGACUUGCUUUUAUGCGGGUUUGCUGACUUAUUUGGCGAAUUGGGCAGAUCCUACUUGAUUUGCAAUCCGUUUACCAAUCAGUGGAUUGCCCUUCCUUUGGCGCCUAAACAGCCAGAAGGAGGGUACAAUGGAUCUGCGGUAGUGUUAGCUUGUCAACCCCGAACUACUAGUAGUAGUAAAUAUAAUUUUGUGCAGCAGCUAGGGGACGAAGCAGAACCAGAACCCGCCUUUGUUUAUUCUGAGUAUCGUUUCCGCGUGGUGUGUCAUUUUCAGUGUUGCGAUAAUAUGAUGCUGUAUGUGUUUUGUUCCGAGUCUAGGAAAUGGACCAAGGUUUUUUUCAAGCAUGCCGUGAAAAGGGCGUGGACCAAUGUAACCUGGUGGAACGGGAGGAUGUUUUGGAUGCAUCUUCAUUACAUCUCCUUGUGUAAAAAGCUUGCUGCAUAUGAUCCUUUCCGCCUUGAUAUCGCCCCCGAGUUUAUGCAUGUGCCUUCUAUAUUGUGGAGCGCAUUGUGCAAGGGAUGUGGGAAUUUUUCAGUAUCACAAGGUGCUUUUCACAUAGUGAUACUAGAAGUUGAAAGCGUUGGUGAUUUUUCAAGGGAUGCCUUGACUGUUUGGAGGCUGGAAGAAGAUACUGGGAAUUGGAACCUACAAUAUGAACUGGUGUUGAAGACGACGACAUCAUCAUCAUCAUCAUUAUGGGGCGACUAUGAACUGAACAAGUGUUCUGUGCUUGAUUUGCAUCCGGAGAAGCCGGAAGUUGUCUUCUUUAAAUACUUGAAUGAUUGUGUCUUCUCCUGCAAUUUGAGGACUGGCACAGGAGAGCCAGAGUUCUUCUCUGCAGUGAACCUAAAAUGCUAUGAACCUGGUUGGAGGGCAUUGCACCCCAGAGUCUCUUGCUGGCCCACUCCAAUUCCAAGCUACGAGGACUUGCGAGGUAUGUAUGAUGGAAGCUACGAUUGCUGGGUUCAGAGCAGCAGUACAACAACACUUGCGAGCAAAAGAGUGCAGCCCUUGGUUGAACAGGUUGGUCGUAAGAGGAAGGACAACAGAUCAGCAGCAGCAUCAAACUCCAAGUGUUCCGUUCAAAGGAAGCAGAAGGCGGCAAAAGGCAGCAGCAUGUGCCCUUAGAGCGGUAAAAUAAAAUUAUCUCCAGUGGUUGCUCUGUAUGCAUAGGCUAUAUAAGGAAACUCGGUCGAGAGGACUUCUUUGUGUAUUAUCUAUUUAAGAUUGCAGCCAUCAGUUUUAGUUUAGGGGCGGGUCGUGCUGGAUAUCAUGGUUAUGAAAUGUCAAUCGAAUUCAAUUCUAUGAUGAAAAUUCAUUAUUUGUAUAUCAAAUUAGGUGAAAUUGUUUCAUCUUUUUAACUAUACGGGGAUUGAUUUGCCAGUAGUUCCAAUUCAUCUGAAAGAGAAUAUUUGCAGGCUUGACACCCCUAUGAAUCGUUGGCGUUGGAGCUUCAUUGUGAAGCAGUUCAAUGCUUAUGCAACUUUCACAGGUAUAUGAAACCUCAGAGUGUUUGUUUUUUAGUGUCCUCCGACUGCCUGAAGUGGUUGGCAGGUCUCUUGAUUGCAAAAUCUCUAUUAAAAUCUCAAUCCUCACAGGGUUUGCUGUUAAUGGCCGGGAAAAGGUAAUGGGAGCUUUAGCAAUGUAUUCAUAGGCUUCCUGCUCCCAGCCUCCCUCCACCUCCGCCGCUGGCAGUGUUUUGCAAAACUCUCCCAAGGCUGGAGAUCCUGAGGUUUUCCAAAACUCUCCCAUCUCGGCGGCAGCGAUUUCGUCUGCUGCUGUGGAAGUUUGAAUCAAAAAGAAACCUCCAAUGACAGUCCUGACAAUCUCGACGACUGGUGCACUCUCUGUCUUCGAUGAGCGAUUUGAAAAGCGAAAAUCAUGAUUUUCCCUCUGUUCGUCUCUCUGUUUUCAAAUUGGCAGAUUGCAAGAGGGAUUCGCCGGCCACUUCCAUGGCAAGACAACUACGCCCGAGGAAAACCCAUGAAGAAGUGAUAGGUAUCUUACUCUCCUCCUUCUCUUCUAACACCAUAUCUAUAUCAUGCCUUCUGAAUUUCAAUGUUCUCCUCAACAACAGCAAUGAUGUUGACUAUUACUCUAGGAUGUUGUUCCUGUGAAGUGUAAACCUUUUCCUUGAUCAGUGUUUAUCUGGUGGUGGUGUAGGUUGUGAAUUCACAAAUGCAUUGUGGACCUGACUAUCCCUGCCAGUCGCAUGGGGGAAACAGGAUUUCAUGUAUAGCUUGUUUUUUAAUCUCUAGACUGGUUAGUGAUCAUUUUGGUCAGCUCCAUUCCAGAAAUUAUAGAGUUUGAUUGUCUCCCAAUUGCGUAAUAGAGUGCUUCGAAUUUCUUCAUUUUAGAGUGAUCAACUGGCUGCUGAUGUUAUUGUUGAUUUGUAGAGGCCGAAAAAUGCUCCUAUUAAGGCUUGACUAGGAGGAAACAACAGCUUCAGUGUUUCGAUUGCAUUUCCGAUUUAUCCAUGGUAAGUGUUUCAGCUCUUGGAUUGGGGAGAAAUUGAGUUCAAGUUUGCUGGUUUUUUGGUUAGUUGGCUCUUAGAUUCAUGGUCAAGUUCCAAACAAAAGCUGUAAAUUUGUAAAUUCUUUGAAGUGACUGCUUGAUUCUGCAACUUCUUGGGUAGGUUGGACUUGGUCACUCAGUCUGUACUUAAAGCUCAGCAGUCCUGGAACGUAGUGCUUGAUUUCAGUUAAUAGAUAAAAGAGUGAUAACUGGAGGAAGGUCAUUAGUAGAUUCUUUUUAGGAUCGUUUCGAGUACAGAUGGCACUUCGUCUCUGUCGGUAUCGUCAAUUCAUCAGCAGUUACACCAUAUGAUUCAGCAUAUAUCUAAAAUCAGGAUUCGGUUACUGUCCUCUGCUUGAUUUACUUCUGUUUGUUUGCUUGUCAGCAUCAUUGGUCUGCAUUGGACGCAUCUAACUUAUUGUUGUACUUCAUCUUUUGCAGUUACAGGCCGCUCUUAGCUUUCCCUUGAGAGUGCUAACUGUCAGAAGUGCUAUUUUCUUCCAUGGUUGCAGCGGGAUCUGCCAGAUGGUGAGAAGCCAGCCAAUCUAUCAGCAGUUCCGCCAUGAAGGUAUCCCAAAGAUAUUCACUAAACGGCUAAAAAUCCCUUCCUUCAUUCCUUAGAAUCCCUACAAUUCUAUUGGUUAUGUUGAUCUUACAGCAAGUUUCAAAGUUGCGAAACCUUGAGGACCUCCAUAAGAUGAAGGCAGUAUAUUCUGCAGCUGAGGUUCUUCUCCCUUGCAAAUGUUAUAGGAAAGCGCACAUAAGUUUACAGUUCAGUAGAAUAAGCAAGAGUUAGUUAGUGACAAACACACAAACAAACAUGAUUGGAUUCCUUCUCAAUAUUUCGUUUCAAGUUAAUUACAUAAUUGUGAUGAACAAACUUGGAAAAUGACGGGAUCAUAUGUUAAUGUUAUCAGCCCCCUUUCGACCGGGAAGCUCAUCAUAUGAUGAUGUAAAGAUGCAUUUAAAGCUAAUCACUUUGUUGAUGUUCAUGGUUAUGACUAAUGAACCAACCCGAAAUUAUCCAACUCAACCCGAUUGUGAGGACUAAUCGGGAAUUUGGGGUGUGAGUUUUUCCACAAUCCCAAGUUUGGGAAGUACUUCAAGAGAGAGAUGUGGGAUUUUGGCCAUGUGGAUUAUGAAAAUUCAUAGUGUAGGCUUUUUAAAUACUAGCCCCCAGUAUGUUGGAACCCCACAUUUUUUGCCCACUCUUUCCCAACUUACGGCCCUUUAAUCUUCUUCUUCCUCAAUCCCUUCUCAUCCCAAUCCCAUCAAACUCAGGCCAAAUACGACCGACCCAUCUCUCUCUCCAACGAUCGACGUUGUCAAUCCCACCCCUUUCGCUACCAUCUCUGACUAACUCAUCUCUCUUUCUAGACAAUCAUGAACGGCCAUCGUCGUCAACUGUGGCGGAGCAAGAAAUCUAAACAAGGAAAGACUAAAGAUCUACGUUCAGAAAACUCAAACUGAUGAGGGAGCUAAAACCUUACCAAUUACUAUAUUUCUCAAAAAAAAAAUAUCAAAUUUAUAUGUAAGUUUACGUGAUUUUGCGAGUCGAGGGUCAAUCCGAGCCCCUCAACCCAAAUGACGUAUCUCUUGCCAAUAAACUCUCGCCAACUCCAACAAACACCAACCCUUGCUACUCUCCAACAACCACCUCUCCGUUUAGCCACCACGAGAAAUUCCCUUCUUCCUCCGAACGCUUCCUCGACGCUUUCUUCUCCAACUCCUUAUGCCAAGGACGAUAACCACCCACAUGUAAAAAACCUAGGUUUGAUAUGAGUUUUGGGCUCAAAUCCGACAAACUCAAAAACUGCAUCCAAACGACCCCUUAGUCUACGCUUGUUCCUAUGUUUUUAUAUUACAAUUGUAUUCCAAAAUUUCAUAUUCAUUAAUUUUGACUAUUAGUAGCAACGAUCAUUUGAUUUGAGUUUUCUUGCAACAUCAAAUUGAAAAAUACAUUUUCCCCAUAUUAUUAAUUAAAAUAUUUAUAUGUAAAUAACAUAUAAUAUUUAUUUUUCUUUGAAUUUAUUAUUCAUUUUUUAUAUGUUUAAACUAACCGUUUUUUCCAUGCAAAGGUGGUGUAUUAUUGGCGUCAUGUCAUAACGAUUUAAACAAGAUUUGACAAUCGUUGGUCAACCAUUAAAUCUAACGGUCAACAGAAAGGCAUAAGUGAUGUCAGACCUUAAUGUUAUAGUACACAAUUAUUAUAUAAAAAACAUAGAGACUAAAUUGACAUAAAACAUAACUAUGAAUCCUUUAUUCGUAUUAGGCCGAUUUUAAAAGUAUCUCUCUUCUAAUAAUUAUAAUGUAAUAUAGGAUUUUGCUACAGUGACUUACAAGUUACCAUGAUUUGGAGAAAACGGUCCACCUCUUUCAUUAAGCUGGUUUAUUUAUGGUUAUAUUGUUGGAUUUGAGACAAGUUUCGGGGUUUUUAGUUCAUGGUUACUUGUUGAAUGUUAUAAUAACUUGGUUUUCAGUAAAUCAGAUCAUGCUUAGUUAUGUUUUAGGAUUUUUGUUAGCUUGCUUUUUCUUGGCGGGUCACGAGUAACCAAUGACCCGCGGGUUCAUCGAUACCCGCUUGAACUUGGGCUUGGUCCAAUUUGUUUGCCCGUGAAGCUUAAUGGGGCAGUCACGGGUAGGGAUGACUACAAAACCCGAACCCACUAGUACCCUACCCGACCUAACCCGGUCAAUGCGGGUAAAACCCGUGUUGACGAGUUUUGGGCCGGGUUCAGGUUUAAACCCGUUCAUUAUUCACCGGGUUGGGUUGGGUUUGGGUUUAGUUGAACCCGCUCCAUGGGUACCCACCCACACCUAUAUAAUUUAUUUUUCUGGUAUAUUUAAUAUUCUAAACAACUCAUCUUCUUUAUGUUGUGGAGACAUGUCUAAUUUCUUUUUUCUAAUUGUGUAGAAUGAAGUUGAUAUUAUCGAGUGGAGAGUGGAGAAGGUUAAUUGACAAGGAGAAAGAACCUUUCAAUUAAUCAUUUUGUUUAUGGAUAAUUUGUGAUUUGCUUUAAUUUUUUCGAGUUUUCUAGAUGGUGUUGAACAAUUUAUAUGGUUAAUUUGUGAUUUACUUGAAUUUACUAGAAUUGUGUUUUAUAUAUGGAUAAUUUGUAUUGAGAGAUUGAUAUUUGACUUUUAUUUUGAUAUGAAUUUGUUAUUGUAAAUUUUUUACGACAAAAACCCAUGGGUACCCAUGAAGGCAUGAACCCGCGGAUACCCAGCGGGUUGGGUUGGGUUUGACCCUAGGUUUUUUCACUAAUAAACCCGUGGGUUUGGGUUUGGCAAAACCCGACCCAACCCGACCCAUUGCCAUCACUAGUUACGGGUUUUGCACGCGUGCAUAAAGGACGUACAAUGGAUAUGGGGUACUCGCCCCGUAUCCUAGGGCUGGGAAACGGUGCGGUCUGGUCCAGACCAGACCAUAUAUACGGUUUAUGGUCCGGACCGAGAGGCUGAAGUAUAGAACACAGACCAGACCACAGAUUAUACGGUCCGGUCCAGACCACGCAUGUGCGGUCUGGUUUGGUCUGGUCCAGAUAGACCAUACUCAAAGAAAAAUGAAUAAUUUGUUUAGUCAACCACACAAAAAUUUGAACCAAUAACCAAGAAAAAUAAUUGUUAUUUUCCUUAAAACAUUAAUCCUAACAUGCAUGAAUAAUUUUGAUAUCCUAAAUCUUAGAAAUAACAAAAAUACAAAGUAAAA